UGAAGCAUGGCAUCAAUGACUCUGAUAAGGACAAGUGUAUGACCAAUCUGCUUGACAACUGACAAGAGGCUGGGGUUUGAAGCAGACUGCAAAAAGAACACCAGAAAGUGAUUUGCAAAGGGCAUUCCAGUUGUUUGCCUUACAUCUUCUUUCCUCUGUCUGUAUUGAAACAAGACUGGCAAUCAGCUCAAAUACCAUCAUCCUCUUGUCUCUCCACCAGAAAGUAAAUAUAGAAGAAAUGUGUUGUUUUGGAGUAUUAGCUGCACUGUCUGUUUUCAACAUCAUUGCUUGUUUGACAAGAGGCAAGCCUUUGGAAGACUGGGACAGGCUAUCAGCUAUGGGAAAGUCUGAUGCACACUUUCAUCCUGGGGAAGCAGAUGAUGAGACCCAUUUCAACUUUAAAUCUUUCUUGGAGAAUAUGAAGAUGGAUUUACUAAGGAGUUUGAAUUUGUCAAGAGUCCCCUCACAAGUGAAGACCAAAGAAGAACCACCACAGUUCAUGAUUGAUUUAUACAACAGAUAUGCUGCAGACAAGUCCUCCAUCCCUGCAUCCAAUAUUGUAAGGAGCUUCAGUACUGAAGAUGUUGUUUCUUUAGAUUCACCAGAAGAAAACCCAUUUCAGAAACACAUUUUGUUCUUCAACAUCUCUAUUCCACAAUAUGAGGAAAUCACCAGAGCUGAACUGAGAAUUUAUAUCUCCUGUCACAGGGAAGUUGGGUCUCUCUCUAGACUGGAAGGCAACAUGGUAAUUUAUGAUGUUCUAGAUGAUGGCCACUGGGAAAACCCAGAAAAUACCAAAUCUUCCCUUGUCUCCCACAAUAUCCAGGAAUGUGGUUGGAAGAUGUUCGAAGUGUCCAGCGCUGUGAAAAGAUGGGUCAGGGCAGACAAGCUGGAGACUAAAAAUAAGCUAGAGGUUGUUAUAGAGACUAAAGCUCUGAGUGGUUUUACUUGUGGGAAGCUGGAUGUCAGUGUUAGCCCUGACACAAAAAACCUGCCCCUGUUAAUUGUGUUCUCCAACGACCGCAGCAACGGGACAAAGGAGACCAAAGUGGAGCUCCGCGAGAUGAUUGUUCAUGAGCAAGAAACUGUGCUCAAGAAACUAGGGAAGAACAGCACUUCAUCUGAAGAGGAACAGCAGGGAGAGGAAAAGGCCAUCACUGGAUCCCACCUGCAUUCCUCCAGAAGCAAGAGAAGUGUUGGAGCCAACCACUGCAGGAGAACUUCCCUCCAUGUGAACUUUGAAGAGAUUGGCUGGGAUUCCUGGAUCAUUGCACCAAAAGAUUAUGAGGCUUUUGAGUGUAAAGGAGGUUGCUUCUUCCCUCUGACAGAUAAUGUCACCCCAACUAAACAUGCUAUUGUCCAAACUCUGGUGCAUCUCCAAAAUCCAAAAAAAGCCUCCAAGGCCUGUUGUGUUCCAACCAAACUGGAUUCAAUCUCCAUUCUUUAUAAGGAUGAUGCUGGUGUGCCCACUUUGAUAUAUAACUAUGAAGGGAUGAAAGUGGCAGAAUGUGGCUGCAGGUAGUAUACAAGGCAGAAUCUCUAAGAAUAGGAACAUGCCCCUUUUCUGUCCUCUGUAAAUCUGUAUAAUAGUGAUGCAAAUGAAGACCAUUACAAACAAGGUUUGGAGCAGGGUGUGGGACUGGUUGUUGCUGCUUGUUUUAAGGGAAAAUUGGUAUUUAAGGAAUGGGAAUCUUUGUAAAUAGCCUGCCUUAUAUAUCAUGGCAAAGUGAAUACUGGAUUAAAAUAUUGUGAGAUUG